ACACUUUAAGAUCGUGUAUCCUUACAGAUAGGGGAACCCUACAGGGCACUCGAUCAUGUUUUCACCACUGUAAGGGCACCCAUUAGGGAACUUCAUGUUUCUUUGCACAUAGGGAAACCCUAUGCUACUGGAAGGGCACUCUAGAGGGCAUGUUUUCUUACAAAUAUUGGCACGCCAGAGGGCAUUUCAUUAUGUUUUAUCCAUCUGAGGGGCAGCUGUUAGGACUCUUCAUCUUGCUUUGUUCACUGAGGGCACUUUAUCACGUUUUAUUCACUUUUCAUGGAGUGUUUUUUUUUUUUUUAAGACCUUAGGGCAUAGGGGUACGGGGGCAGGGGGUGGGGUUGAAGUGGUGUGUUUUGGGGAAUGGUAACUUAAACACGGGUUUGACUUCUAACACUAUUUUUACAACCAGAUUUUCGUUCUCUGUAUGCGCCGGCUAUAAUUCCCAGAGUCGCCACACGAUGGACGCAUUGGCACGCGCUUCCUCUCCGCCGUAACGUGACGCCGCUGCUCUUUCGUUUCACCGCUCCAGUCCGCCUUCAGCACCGGCGGCGGCGGAUCAAACGCGCUUCGCGGCGGACCGGGCGGUCGCAGCCUCGCGCCUUCCAUCCCUCUGGAUAUAUUUACUGGAUUUCCACUGUCCGUUUACGCGUCGUUUCCGGGUCAGGCUUUACAUCAGGAUGCACAUUGCUCUCCGUUAUCCCAUUUUUCCAUCCGGACCGGAAGAAAGAAAGACGCGGCAUCAUCGGAUUACAUUACCGUAACCGCACAACGAUCCGACUCUCUGUUCUCUGAGCGAAACAUUCCGGGUCACCUCUGUGCACACAUCGCAGUCUGUCUGUCUUUUCCUUUUUUCUUUGGAGGGGGUGGGGGACGAGAGGGCUUCCGAACAUUUACGCCCACGUUUAGUUUAUAAACAAAGCACGAGGAAAGCUGAUAGACCACUCGGAGUAGGAAUAGAUCCACUUUGUGCAUCACGCCAUGCGUUUAAAAUCCGAUCCUGAACCAGAUCCUGACCCGGUUUUCACUCAUUAAUGCACGGAUUAAUACCGUGGAUAAAAGCGGAAAACGUCACGAAACGUCACAUUGCCAUUUUAUUUAUUUAUUUAUUUAUUUAUUUAAAUCCAACUCUCACUAUAUUUGAUGAUCGGAUGCUCGCGCUGCUGGAGACGGACUUAAUGGUCUUGCUGUGAUCACACGCGUUUAGCGGAUUGAAAGCGCCGCGCACGAGCGCGCUUCGACUACUCGAACCGUUGUUUACUCGUGUCAGGCGGUGUGUUCGCGCGCUGAACGAUACUCAGCUGUAGUUAUUCCUAUCUGCGCUCGUCUGUUCUUGGAGAAAGUUAGCGGAACCGAAAUCCAUCCGGAGCGCGAUGACGCGCGUGCAGAGACACAGAGAGGGAGGGAGAGCGCGCGAUGAGGCUCGCGCACUCUGAUAAAGCCACUACCCAAACUUUGUCAUUCAUUUACGCAGCCGUUUGGCAGAGAGCACACUCACUGGGUCAGCGGUCUAAAUGGCGUUCCGGAAGUUGCCCGGUGUGCCCGUGUCAGCCAUGGGCCUCCGCUUGUCACAGAAAUUCGCCUUUCUGCUUUUUCUCUCCGGUUUGGUCACGUUGUGCCUCGGUGCUCUGUUUUUCCUUCCCGACUCCGUUCGCCUCAAGCGAUUCUUCCUUCCCAAGACCACCGACAGCGCGAGCACGAACACGAACACGAACGAGGCGGCGACCCAGAGCGGCGCGAUCGUCGAGCUCGCGGAAAAGGCGCGCGCGGACCGGGAGCGCCAGGAGCGCGAGCGGAGCGCCCCGUUUAAACCCGAGCCGAACGUCAAGCUCAAAGUCAGCCGGAAGCCAUCCGUGACGCGCGGCGACGCCACCAGCGGUACCGCGGAGAGAGCCACGGGAGCGCGCGAGGAGCGCAGGGCGAGAACGCCGCGCGGGGACGCGACCGAAGGAAGCACAGUGGCGCGCGCGAAAGGCUACACUUAUGACACUUUCCGAAAGUGUUUGCUCAAACCAGCGCUCGGGAAUAACCGGGGGAAACCGUCAGAUCCUCAAACUGUAGAGAGGAGGGAUAAAGUCAGAGAGAUGAUGAAAUUUGCCUGGGACAACUACAGACGUUACGCAUGGGGUCAAAAUGAGCUCAGGCCACUCACCAAAAACGGCCACAUCGGCAACAUGUUCGGGGGUCUGCGGGGGGCUACUAUUGUGGAUUCUCUGGAUACACUGUACAUCAUGGGUCUAACAGAGGAUUAUAAAGAGGCUAAAGAGUGGAUACACACCAGCUUGGACCUGGACUUGAGUGGAGAGGCUUCUGUCUUUGAGGUGAAUAUCCGGUAUGUUGGAGGCCUGCUAUCUGCGUACUACCUUACUGGAGAUGAGGUGUUUAAGCAGAAGGUGUUGGAGCUCGGUGAGAAGCUGCUGCCGGCAUUCAGCACUCCGACUGGCAUCCCACGAGGAGUCAUUAACCUGGGAAGUGGCACCAGUUGGAACUGGGGAUGGGCGUCGGCCGGGAGCAGCAUCCUGGCUGAGUUUGGGACAUUGCACCUGGAGUUCGUUCACCUGACGGAGCUUUCCGGAAACCCCGUUUUCACAGAGAAGGUGAUGAACAUCCGAAAGCUGCUGGACAGGAUCGAGAAGCCGCAGGGCCUGUACCCCAAUUUCCUGAGCCCUGUCAGUGGGAACUGGGUCCAACAUCAUGUUUCUCUUGGAGGCCUGGGAGACAGCUUCUACGAGUACUUGAUCAAGUCAUACCUGAUGUCAGACAAGACGGAUGAGAAGGCUAAGCAUAUGUACUACAGCGCUCUGGAGGCAAUAGAGGCUAACUUGGUGCAGAAAUCUUCCGGUGGUCUUACGUAUGUGGCUGAAUGGAGAGGCGGCAUUCUCGACCAUAAGAUGGGGCAUUUGGCUUGUUUCGCCGGGGGGAUGGUGGGCAUCGGGGCAGACGAUGGCACUCCAGAAAAGAGGCAGCACUACCUAGACCUGGCGGCCGAGAUCACAAACACAUGCCAUGAGUCUUAUAGUCGCUCAGCCACUAAGCUCGGCCCUGAGGCGUUCCGCUUCGACGGAGGUGAAGAGGCGACAGCCACCAGACUGAGCGAUCGCUACUACAUCCUGAGGCCAGAGGUCAUCGAGAGCUACAUGUACAUGUGGCGUCUGACUCACGAUCCCAAGUACAGGGAGUGGGGCUGGCAGGCAGUGGAGGCACUGGAGCAAUACUGCCGCAUUGACGGAGGUUUUUCGGGGAUCAGGGACGUCUACGCUACCGUGGUCAGCCAUGAUAACAUGCAGCAGAGCUUCUUCCUGUCUGAAACUCUGAAAUAUCUGUACCUGCUUUUCUCCGACGACGACCUGCUGCCACUGGAUGACUGGGUGUUCAACACUGAGGCUCAUCCUUUACCUAUCGUCCGCAAGAGCUGCUUAGACGAGCACAAUGGCACCACACGAGACACUCAACACACACAACCAGUGUAACCUGCAAUGACACACCUUGAUACACACGCACAGCGAGGCAGGGCCUCGGUUUAACCGGCCCUGCCGCAGCCUCUCGGCUCCUUUUCCUGUAAAGGAUCUCGUGCUGCACGCUGUGAUUGUAAUAUCUGAGCCGGGACAUUCUCUGUGGACAAUCAAAAUGAAAAUUACUUUUGUGACGAGAGCACCUUUGUUCCCUUCUUUCUUUCCUCCGUGAGGAAAAUGGAAUAUUCUUCAGGCCCAGAUUGGCGGGGUGGGCACCGCCUCUCGCGGGCUACUUUGAGAGAAAGAGAAAAUUGCUUCACUCUUCUUCAGCACUCUGUUAUUUCUGUCCAUCUUUUUACUCUUUUUUAUAAGCUAGUGACAGGCAGUUUGUGGACGAUUUGUUUUUAUUAAUGACUCAAGCGAUUUGCAAGCUCAAAAAGAAUAGAAAGCAACAAAACUCAACAGUAAACAUUCAAAUUACUUUUUUUUUUCAAGAAUCAGUACAUAACCCCGCUGCCAUUACCCAUUUUGUCUUCCCAUUUUCUUAUCUGAUUUUUGUCCCCUUAUCAUUAUCCUAUCUGCAUCCUUAUCUACAUUCCCAGUACUGUUACCUGAUUUGCACCACCUAUGUUGUUAGUUGAUCUCCCUUCCCAAUGUUCUCUGCUGAUCUGCAGUUAUAACAUAAUUGGUCCCCUUCAAUCUCUGUCUCUCUGUCAUAAAAUGAUCUACGUUUUGCUCCCCUGUGUUUUAACGCAAUGUGCAUUGCUUGUGACCCAAUCAACUCUUCCCUGUGUUGUUACCCAAUCUGUGUCCCCCGUGCCAUAACUCAUUCUGCAUCAGUUGUGUCGCAACGAAAUAUAUCUUCUACUGUUGGUACAUUGCUUGUAUCAUUACUCAAUAUAUGUCCCCUCUGUCAUUAACCAGUUUGUAUCUAUGGAGGCUUUGCCAUUUCUGCCCCCUCACAUUGUAACCCAAUCUGCAUCCUGUUUUGCUACCUUGUCUGUGCCCUAUUGCAACCCAAUCUGUUCACCUGUGUUGCUACCCAAUCUGUUCACCUGUGUUGCUACCCAACCGACAAAAGCAUUCAGUCUGUUUCCCAGUGUUGUAACUUGAACAGCAUUACUUGUGUCUUUAAGCAGUCUACGUCCCCUUUAUCACUAGCCAGUCACUGUCCAUGGUGAUGUUACCAUAUCUGUUUCCCUGUGUUGUAACCUGAUCUGCCUCACUCAUGCCAUUAUCUAAUUAACAUUCCCCUGUGUCCAAAUCUGCAUCCCCCAUGUCACAACCCAAUCUGCAUCCCCCGUGUCAUUACCCGAUCUGUGCCUUUUGUGUCAGUACUCAAUGUGCAAAUCUUGAAUAGCAAAGAUUUUCACUAGUUUUCACAGAUUUCGUCCAUCAAAGUAAGAAACAAAAAAUCCAACAAAUUAAAAAUUCACUUAAAUGGUUCAUUCACAAGAAUUAAAUCACAAAAGCGUGACCAAAUGUCCAUCAUUAUAACGUACAAAAUCUUUGGCCAAAACUUUUCAGUCAUUAUUAUUCGGAUUUUUCUUAGCUUUUUUCUUGUUUUCUUUGUGUUUUGUUUGCUUUUCCGCCAAGCCUAGAUGUCUGAA